AUGUCGAGUCCUGAAACCCCGUGCUGCGUGAGGUGCAAAGACCCACUUGUAAUGGGGCAUGCCUAUGAAUUAGGAAACGAUCGUUGGCACACGCACUGCUUCUCGUGUUAUAAAUGUGAAAAGCCGCUAAGUUGUGAUUCGAACUUCCUUGUAUUGGGGACUGGUGCACUUAUUUGCUUCGCAUGCUCAGACUCGUGUAAAAAAUGUGGCAAAAAGAUCGACGAUCUAGCAAUUAUCCUUGCAUCCUCCAAUGAAGCAUAUUGCUCCGAUUGUUUCAAAUGCUGCAAGUGUGGUGAGAAGAUAGAGGAUCUACGAUACGCUAAGACAAAACGAGGGCUUUUCUGUAUCACAUGCCAUGAGAGGUUGCUUGAGAAACGAAAGAAUUAUGAGGAACGAAAGAGAAGACUCAAGAAGGAGCUACCACGAAUACCCACAGAUGAAAGUCUUUCGUACAUUCUCAAAUCCCAAGAACUCGUUGUUCCUGAACGGUCAGCUAACAGACCGAUGUCGCCUAUGAAAUCUACCGAUCCAAUGGGGUCUCCCUCGUUCGACUUAUUUGCAGAGAAUACGGUUGCUGCAGAAGACGCAGCUCCAAUAGAUAUGGCUAGUGCUGAAGGUGACUCGCCCAUCGAAAGUUCCUCAGAAAAGUUGAUUCAGCCCACUUCAUCAUCAAGUGCCCAUUUUUUAACGGCACCUGUCGACUUCUCUGCUAAUACUUCAACCGCGGGGGGGAGCAUCUUAAAUGGAUCGGAUAAGUCUCAAGAGGCAGAUGGGAAUGAGUAUCAAGAGAACAUACAGAGCAAUUCUGAGAGUGUAGUAGCUCAGUUCUUGUUAGAUACUGACUACACCAGCACCGGUGACGAGCAAACUCCCGUUAAGAAAUCACCUAAAAAGCAUCAGAGCCAAAUGUCAAUUGAUGACAUGUUACAGAGCACUUUAGAAAACGAUCAGGUAGAAAGCCCCAUGUCGUCCCAAAAUGGCUUGAAACCUCCACAGGAGACCAAGAAGGAACUUUUGAAUAAGACCCCGUUAAGGAACUCAACUGAAGAUUCAUUCCAUAAAUCACCUGUAGCUCAUAGGCGGGGUCUAGUACUGAAUGAUUUUGAGGUCAUGGAUGCACUAAACAGUCCUGUAAAAGUGCAGCCUAUAGCUGAAAAUGACAAGGAUGCUGGAAGUAUAGGACUCGGUAUUUCCAAUUCUAAGGAGAUCAAAGAAGAGGACGAGGAAGAUAAGGUAUUAGGCAUUCCUUAUGAGAGCGUGAGCCAGGCUGAGGUGAAUACUCCCUCAAAUACGAACCUUGUGCGUUCACCUUCGAUAUUUGGGCACCAUAGAAGAACCUCUAGUGGUAACAAAAAACUCACUAGAUCUCUUUCGAAGAGGUCAAAGAAUCUAAUGAUGAAUUUAAGAUCUAAAUCCAAAGAUUCGAAGAGUAGUAUUUCUUCAAAAGCUAACGAUUCAGAUACUCAUUCAGGGUGGGGCGUUUCUUCAAGUACAUCGCAACCGUCAACAGUUCAACGGCGGACAUCUAACAAGCAUCAAAGUGACAGUACUAUAUAUUCGCAUCCUCCGCAUGAGGGCCGAGAAACGCCUGCCGAUCAUAAAAGGUCUCAUAGUGGUGCCAGUAGCGUUGCUGUUUAUCGUACUCCACCUCUUGAUACAAAGUCAUCAUUCAACAAAGGAUCAUCGGUACAUGAAAAGAACAUGAGUUUUAGUAGUACUGCCCAGAUUGAAGAACGCGAUGAGGAAGAUGAUAAGACACCCACGAAUACAGAUUUUAUUGACAAAGAUAUCAUACAUUUGGAACUAACGUUGAGGAGAUUAAAAUUGGAGGUGAAUCAAUUACAAGCUACCAAGGCCCAGCUAUCAUCGGAGAUUGACAAUUUGAAUCAUGUGAAAAACGGUCUUUUACAAGAUAUAGAAGUACUGAAGGUCGAGAAAAAAACGAGCUCGACAAAUUCAGUUGAGUCUCUCGAACCAGAUCCAUCAGACGAAUCUCCUGUUCGUCAAGCAACGGCAAGUGUUGGGACAACUGCAAAGCCCAAAUUUUGGAAACUAUUCUCUGGUGGACGAGGCAAUUUGUCCAACGGUAGCUCAAAUGGCAAAUUUGAAAUAUCUUCACCUGUUUUGCAGAAUCCUAGCGAGUUUGAAGAUUUGAAAUUGUUACCUGUACUGAAUGAUAAAAAAUCUGCCCAAUCUGCCACUUCAAACUCUACAUCGAUGGAUGGUACGUCGUUGCACGGAUCAACAUUAGUAGCACGCUGCUCGUAUGAGGGAAAUAAGAUUCCGACUAUUGUCACAACGUGUAUCGAACAUAUUGAAUCGAAAGAAGAAUACCUUAUGACAGAAGGCUUGUACAGGAAAUCUGGAAGUCAAGUUCUGAUAGAACAAAUUGAAGGGUUAUUCUCGGACCUAAGUCCCGGUGAGCAAAUUUCAAAGGAAUUACAAUCGCAUUUGGAUCAGGAUAUUCACGCAGUUAGCGGAGUUCUGAAACGAUACCUAAGGAGAUUGCCCAACCCAGUAUUCACGUUCCAAAUUUAUGAACCUUUAAUUAAUCUUGUGAGAGAUCGAAACUUGAUUUCAACAGUGUCACUUGGUAGCAACCUUGAUCGUCAAAAUCCUAACUAUACCAAGGCACUUGAUAAAUUCAUUGAAAUAUUACAAAGUUUACCCGAAGAACACUAUUUCUUACUCAGCAAGUUAGUUAAGCAUGUCAAUGAGGUUGCGCGUUAUAGUGAAUCGAACUUGAUGAAUUUGCAUAACUUGUCGCUUGUAUUUGCGCCCGGGGUAAUAAGAGACUAUAGUGGGGAAAAGGACAUUGUGGAUAUGAAGGAGAGAAACUACAUUAUUUCUUUUAUUUUUUCAAGACACAGGGACAUAUUUGAUUAA